AGGAUGGAAUCAAAGAUCGGGAGAAAACGAAGAACAGUUUAGGGUUUGAUUCGUUAUAUAACACUUGUGCUCUUCAAUCGUAGAAGAUCCAUCUGUGCUAGUGAUCCGUUUCCAUCGCUUUUAGUUGCAGUAUCAUUUCACCUCAGGUACUUUCAUUUGAGAUAAAACAUAAAGAGUUAAAAUGCUAGGAAUUUCAUACGGAGAGCUAUUCCUCUUACUAGGAGCUACAGCUGCUCUUAUUGGUCCAAAAGAUCUACCUUUGAUUGCACGGACUGCAGGUAGGCUGGCAGGCCGAGCAAUAGGAUAUGUUCAGUUGGCUCGUGGCCAAUUUGACAAUAUUAUGCAACAGACACAAGCUCGACAGGUGCAUAAAGAACUACAAGACACACUUGCUCAAUUGGAAGCCAUACGCCAUGAAAUCCGAGCAGUGUCUUUCCUUAAUCCUGGUCCUCUGACUCGUAGGCUAGUUGACAACGUAAGCCAAACAUCUCCUGAUGAGAUUUCUAGUGAGCUCGGAUCUUCCGACAAUAAGAACAUAUUAACUAGUUUGGACGCCAAGAGCUAUAACUCAGUAGCCGCCUCAGAUUUAUCUAAUAUGCACACCCAAGCAACAUCAUAUGCAAGAUUGGCACAAUCGACAACUGCUUUGAACUCUGAAUCUAAGAAAGAUAGUGAAGUCAUUAAUGAACUAACCGAUGAAUCUGGACUCUUUGUUGUUCUUCCUGUAUCUGCUGAAAGCACUGGAAUGCUUCCAGAACGCAAAGUUGACCUUACAGGAUCAGAUGUAGUUUUGGAAGCAAUAUUGGAGGCAAACGUGGCUUGUAAUGCUAAGCAGUUUUUUGCAGAGCAUCAAAAAACCAAUUAAAAUGAAUUGUUAUUUAUGUGACAGAAGAGAGAAAUAAUUCUGAUAAAUUUUAUAAGGAUAGUAAAUUUAUGUUCAUCUAAUAGUAAAUAGUAGUUAUUUUAUUUUGGUUUGA